AUGGAAAGAACCAUUAGUCAAUCCAGGUCUCGUUUGUCUUAUUUGAAAUCCAUCCUAAAACUCCCCAAUAACCACGCUACGGAAACUACUGACAUUCAAUCGACAAUUAUGGCCGCUCCUUUAAUGUACCACAUGGAGAUUUACGUUGGCACACCGCCUGUCAAGCAAAUUGUGGGCGUGGACACUGCCUCCGACAUGAUAUGGAUUCAGUGCCACCCAUGUAAGAAUUGUUUCCAACAAAAUCAACCCAUAUUUAAUUCCCAUCAGUCAUCGUCGUAUCAAGUAUUGAGAAGUGGUUCAAAUGAGUGUAAGAAAUUAGGAGAUAAACGUCAUUAUAUUGAAGGUAGUGACAUAUGUAAAUAUGGUUUCACCUCCCUUAACGGUGCAUCCAGCGCUGGGGAUCUAGCCAAGGAAACUUAUAUAGUUGGCCACACUUACAUCGAAAACAUGGUUCAAGGGUGUGGGCAUUUCAAUAUAGGGAAUUUUGACGUGCAAAGCACCGGUAUAAUCGGGCUUGGAGAUGAUCCUCUAUCAUUCUUUGGUCAGAUUCAAGAUUCAACUGGUGGAAUGUUUUCAUACUGCCUAGUAUCUCGAUUCGGUUCUAACCCAAAUGCAAGGAGUAAGAUCAACUUCGGAAAUAUUACGACAUUCACUUCACAUGACAUCUUCUAUUCAAAUGAUGUGAUAUCCACACCAUUGCAUAAGAAGGAAGGCAGCUCACAUUAUUUUCUCACAUUGGAAUCAAUCAGCGUCGGAGAUAAAGAAAUUUCAAUCUCAAAACAAUCUGGUAACAUCGUGAUUGACAACGGAAUUACUUUAAGUUAUUUUUCGUCGCGGGUGGUAGAAUAUUUGAAGUAUGCACUAAAACAGCAGAUUUAUAAAAGACCAUUAGAUGUUCCUAAUAAACUUUGUUAUGAUCUUAACACUAUUAUUCCUAUUAUCACUUACCGUUUUGCUGGUGGCGCUAAAUUAUAUUUGUCGAAGAUGAACACAUUUAUUGUAUACGACAAUAAGUUGUGUCUGGCUGUGGAAGUAGACAAUGAUCUAUCUAUAUUUGGGAUACAUUCACAAAUGGACUUCUUGAUUGAAUAUAAUAUUCCCAAAAGUAAGGUCUCUUUUAAACCCACGGAUUGUUCAAUGAGAUAG